AUGGCUCCAGCCAAGCCCAAGAACAAGAUUCUCGUCGCCUGGUCCAUCGACUUUGACGCGAUCUCCGGCUGGCUGGGCACAGGACAACACCCCUCCACCACAACCUCCGACUACAGCAGCGGCUACUUCUCCGCCAACGUCGGCGUCCCCCGCCUCCUCACUCUCUUCAAGCACCUCAACAUCUCCGAAAAAGUCACCUGGUGCCUCCCGGGCCACAGCAUAGAAACCUUCCCCACCCAAACCCGCGCCAUCAUCUCCUCCGGCGCAGAAAUCGCCCUCCACGGCUACGCCCACGAAGCAGCCUCCCGGCUCACGGCAGAGCAGGAAAGAGAUGUCCUGAAGAAAUGUAUUGACUUGGUGACAGAGCUAACGGGCUCCCGGCCCAAAGGCUACCGCGCUCCCUUGUACCAAUUGAAAGAACGCACCAUCUCGUUACUGCAAGAACACGAUUUCCUCUGGGACUCUUCCCUCGCGCACCAUGAUAGCGCGCCUUACUUCCUCCCUUUGAACCCCGCGCCUAUAAAACCUAUCGACUUCAAGCCGGAAGUCAGGGCGGAAGAAUGGAUGAAGCCGACGCCGUCCUUUCUGACGCAAGAGAAGAGUCAGCUGGUGGAGAUUCCGUGUAAUUGGUAUGCGGAGGAUAUGACGCCUUUGCAGUUCUUUCCCAAUGUACCUAAUUCAGCUGGGUAUGUGGACGUGAGGGUUGUGGAGCGGAUGUGGAUGGAUCGGUUUGAGUGGUUGGUGAAGGAGAUAGAGCAGGGGAGGGACGAUAUGGUGGUGUACAGUAUGGUGAUACAUCCGGAUACGAGUGGGAUGGCACACGUGAUAGGCAUGGUGGAGAGGUUCUUGAAGUGGGUGUUGAGUUUUGGGGAGGACGUGGUGGAAUUCAGGACGUAUGAGAGUAUUGCGGAGGAGUUUAGGAGGCGGGAAAGGGAAAGGGAGAAGGUGAGUAAGUGGGAUUGA